AUGAACAUUACCAUUGGCAAAUGCAAUGGAAGAGGGCAAGGUAGAGAUGUCCAUGAUAUUCUAUGACUGAAUGUGUGAGGCUGUUUAUACACAGCCAGGCAUGAGUCUCUGUGCUGCUUUAAGGAUUCCAUGCUGGCUUCCAUGUUUAGUGGACGCUUUCCUCUGAAAGUGGAUGAAUUGGAUUCUUACCAUUUAGUUUGUACCAAGCCUACAGUUUGGGUCCUGCACUAUCUCAACACCUCUGGAGCAAGCUGUGAAAGUAAAAUUAUUGGUGUGUAUGCCACAAGAGCUGAUGGGACUGAAGCAAUUAGUAAGGCGCCAGGAAUGAAAAUUCAUAGCAAAAGCAUGUACAAAAGAGAAGCUGGAAAUUAUAUCCAAUACAUCUGGAGCUAUUACUCAGUAGCUGAGCUGAAAAAGAUGAUGGAGGCUUUCAAUGCCUGGGAAGGGAGAAGUGUCAGCUACUGGAGAGUGCCUCAGGAGCUGAUUGAAUGUGGGACUCUAAAAGAACACCCUCUGAGAGGCAGUUUGCAUCAUAUGCCUCCAGUUUAUAAAAGACGAUUAAUUGACUGUACUGAAGUAGGGCCAUGUAAAGUGGGUCUCCAGCCAAUUAGCUUCGCAGGUCCCUCAACAAGUACCCACAUAAAAGUCAAGAAUUCAUCUUCAUUAAAGGUAGCUGCUUGCAAUGCUUCACAUUCUGCAGCAAUUCUUAAACGACCCCAUAGUGAAAGUCUGAUGCUGCACAAGGAAGCUUCUCAAACCACAUCCACAACAUGCAAAUCAGUGCCCAGCAAGUCCCAGGCUCCCUGUAGAAGGCAGAGUGCUGGCAAUAGGCCACCGAGCCAAUUGCCAUUCCAAGCUGCAGGGAGUAAGAAGCCUGUGAACAACUGUGCAGUGAAGCUGAAAAGGACUCCGCUUUUUCUUGUGACACCAUCUCAGCCACCUUCUUCUCCAUCCAGUAAAACAAGUGAAUGGGACAGUGUUGCUGUUGAAAUUCCUACAGUGCUAAACAAGAAAGAACCAGCUGUAUUAGCAGAAAAUAUUACACUUGAGAUAAAGUGGAUGGGUAAUAUUUGACUCAGUCUGAUAGACUGGACAGCUCUACAUUAUAUGGCUGAAGAAGAGAUCAUUAUCUCAUGUGAUCCUUUAUUCAAGAUUAGGUAGAAAAUUGUGAUGAAAAAGAUAAUGAAAAGCACAGGAAGAAACUGUUUUAAGUGAGCACUGAAAUAUGUUUUCUGCUUUAUUUCUAGAUAGUUUUUAGAUGUUGGG